AGUUUUAUUUUUUUUCCAAAUAAUAUCUAAAGAUGAUAAUAUCCAAAAAGCCUGGGGACACAAGUUCCAUUGUAGAAUCUAAAACCCAGAAAGCAGAGUUCAAUGCUUAUCUGUGCGAAUCUAAACCAGCCUUGGAACUCGCCGCUGCCAACUGUACUUCUUCUCCAGAAAUGCAAGUCUUCAAACGACGUGAACCAAAUCCACGCCCGUUUGAUAACAACCGGUUUCAUCAGAAACCGAAUUAUCACCACCAAAAUCGUCCUCGCUUUCUCCCCUUCACCGUUCACUCCUUUAGUCGAUUUUGCUCGCUUUGUCUUCUUCAAGCACAUUGCUUUUCGCUCGCCUGAACACCACGGGGAAGACCCUUUUCUUUGGAACGCUGUGAUAAAGUCGUAUUCUCACGGGCGUGACGCGCGGCAAGCUUUUGUCAUUCUCCGUUUGAUGCUUGAAAACGGGGUUCCUUUGGAUAAAUUCUCGUUGUCUUUGGUGCUUAAAGCUUGUUCUCGAUUGGGUUUAGUGAAGAAAGGAAUGCAGGUUCAUGGCUUGCUGAGGAAGCUGGAUUUUGGGUCUGAUUUAUUUUUGCAGAAUAGUUUGAUUUCUUUGUAUGUACGCUGUGGGUUUAUUGGAUAUGCGCGUCAGUUGUUUGAUAGAAUGUCUACACGGGACUCUGUUUCAUAUAAUUCGAUGAUUGAUGGGUAUAUUAAAAGGGGAGUGAUUGAUUCAGCAAGAGAGUUGUUUGACUCUAUGCCACUUGGGGAUAAGAACUUGAUAACUUGGAAUUCCAUGAUUAGUGGUUACACGCAGUUGAAAAAUGGGAUGGAUUUGGCUUUGGAAUUGUUUGACAAAAUGCCUGAUAGGGACUUGAUUUCUUGGAACUCAAUGAUUAAUGGGUUUGUAAAGUGUGGAAAUAUGGAAGAUGCCCAGGAUUUGUUUGAUAAGAUGCCGAAACGAGAUGUCGUCAGUUGGGCUGAUAUGAUCAACGGAUAUGCUAAAAUAGGUAAGAUUGAUCUAGCUAGGUCUUUGUUUAAUGAAAUGCCAGAAAGAGAUGUUGUUGUGUGUAAUGCCAUGAUGGCUGGUUAUGUCCAAAAUGGAUAUUGUGCGGAAGCUUUGGAAAUAUUCUAUCAUUUGCAAAGGGAUGGUCAUUUGCAACCUGAUAGUACCACAUUGUUGAUUGCUCUUUCAGCAAUUGCACAGUUAGGGCUUAUUGACAAAGGGUUGGCACUAAAUCACUAUCUAAAGCAAAAGAAGUUCUCUAUGGGUGGAAGACUUGGGGUUGCCCUAAUUGACAUGUAUUCGAAAUGUGGGAGCAUAAAGAAUGCCGCGUCGGUUUUCGAGGGUACCGAAUUCAAGACUGUCGAUCAUUGGAAUGCUAUGAUUGGUGGGUUAGCCAUUCAUGGCAUGGGUGAAUUGGCUUUCAAUUUGCUCAUGGAUAUGGAAAGGCUAUCUGUAGAGCCUGACGAUAUCACAUAUAUUGGGGUGCUGAAUGCUUGUGGCCAUGCUGGCUUGGUCAAGGAAGGUCUGAUUUGCUUUGAUAUCAUGAGAAGAGUUCACAAAGUGGUACCGAAACUGCAACACUAUGGAUGCGUGGUCAACAUCCUAGGCCGGGCGGGGCUGGUAAACGAAGCAAGAAAGUUUAUCGAGGAAAUGCCUAUCAAAGCUAACGAUGUGAUUUGGAGGAGUUUGCUAAGUGCCUGCAAAAACCAUGACAACAUCAAUGUUGCAGAACCAGCAGCUAAGCGGUUAAUCACACUGGACUCUUGUAAUUCGAGUUCUUAUGUACUUUUAUCCAACAUGUAUGCUGGCCUGGGUAUGUGGAAUUCUGUUAGUAGGGUUAGGUUGAUGAUGAAAGAAAGAGAUCUGAAGAAAAUUCCCGGUUGUAGCUGGAUUGAACUAGAGGGAACUGUUCAUGAGUUCUUUGUUCAAGAUAAGUCCCAUCCCCAAGUUAUGGAGAUCUAUUCUUUGUUGGAUAGUUUUUCAGCAUCCAAUUCAAGAGUCGCACCUUGUAUGCUACUGAAUUAGUGUAACAUAAUUUUCAAUUACUUAUUCAAUAACAUAUUGAUA